UUGGCUGGCAACCAGUUCAGGAUGUAGCCCGUCUCAUGCCCAUUGGCAGCUGGAAUAGACUCCAGCACUCCCUGGGACCCUUGUGAGGAUAAGCGGCUAAGAAAAUGGGUGGAUGUAUGUAUCUUCAUUAUUAAAUGCUAAAGUUUCCUGUGGUGAAACUCACACGUUUCAAACAAGCGCGAGCCAGGUAACUACUGUAAUUGCACCGAGGCUUAUCUACAAUUAUGUAAGCGGCGUCAUGUGGCUGGUGGAGAAAGUGAAGUGAAUUGCGCUUCCUGCUGGCAACGUUCAUUCGAUCCACGAAGGCCAUCGUGUGCUUGCACACGCGCUCGCUCGCUCACUCCGGGGUCCCGCCUCAGACAUGUACCAGUCAACGCUGUUGACGCUGGCAGCACUCAUCUACGCAUUUAGCGGUGGCGCGGCAGGUGGGAAGAUCCUGGUAUUCCCCAUUGACGGCAGCCACUGGAUCAACAUGAAGGUCGUGAUCGAGGAGCUCCACGCCCGUGGCCACGACAUCACAGUUGUGCGGCCCUUUGACAGCUGGUACAUCAAACCCGAGUCGCAGCUCUACAAAACCAUCACCCUGAACUUCUCAAGCGGGUUCGACGAGAUCAGCUUCGGUUCCUUCGUCGCCAGGAUGCUCCGCUUGCGGCGGGAAGGCGCCUCCCUGUGGAAGCUGCUGGUAAUGGAGCACGAGCUGGUCAACCAAUUCUACUACAUAAAUAAGCAAGUAGUGGACAUGUUGGCUAAUGUGUUCGAGGACCAGGAGAUGAUGCGGAACCUACAAGAAGCCAAGUACGAGGUGGUUCUCGCUGACCCGGCGAUGGGUGCCGGCGUCCUGCUGGCUCACCGUCUUGGUCUCCCCCUGGUGUUGAACGUCCGCUGGACUAUCCAGGGGGAGGCGCAUCUGGCCAUCGCACCCUCACCCUUGUCUUAUGUCCCCAUUCCAGGGGCCAAGCUGACAGAUAAAAUGACAUUUAGGGAGCGUCUUAAAAAUGUCAUGUACUACUUGUUCACACGUUGGCAGGCGUGGUACGUGUCAGAUGCUAUCUACAAACCCUUUGUCCACCAGUACUUUGGCCCAGACAUACACUACAUGGAACUCUUCCAGUCUGCGGACAUCUGGCUGAUGAGGAACGACUUCACUUUCGAGUUUCCACGGCCCACCAUGCCCAACGUGGUCUACAUGUCUGGGUUCCAGUGCAAGCCGGCCCGCCCGCUCCCCGCUGACCUCGAGGACUUUGUGCAGAGUUCUGGGGAGCAUGGUGUGGUAGUUAUGACUCUGGGAACUCUUGUGGCAGACCUCCCCGAAGAUAUCACGAAUGAAAUCGCUGCCUCCUUCGCCCGUCUCCCCCAAAAGGUGAUCUGGAGGCACCAGGGUAAGCGUCCAUCCACCCUUGGAAACAACACGCUUCUCCUGGACUGGCUUCCACAGAAUGACCUACUGGGCCACGCUAAAACCAGAGUUUUUGUAGCGCACGGUGGCACUAAUGGCAUCCAGGAGGCCAUCUACCAUGGUGUACCCCUGGUGGGACUCCCGCUCAUGUUCGAUCAGCACGACAACCUCUUCCGGAUGGAGGUCAGGGGUGUAGCCAAGGUACUGGACAUCUCUACAGUGAACCAGGAGAACUUCCUGGAAGCCAUAAACACGGUUCUGCACCAACCAUCGUACAGCACCAAGAUGCAGCAGUUGUCACUGUUGCACCACGACCAACCAAUCCCGCCUCUGCAACGUGCUGUCUUCUGGAUUGAGUUCGUCAUGAGGCACAAGGGGGCGUCGCACCUGAGGACUGACUCCUACAAGAUGUCUGCUGUCCAAUAUUAUUGCCUGGACGUAGCAGCCUUGCUGAUGGGUGUAAUCUUAAUGGUUGCCGUCAUCUGUGUGACAGUGCUCAAGUUUCUAUGGCGAUGUUUGUUUUACCGAAGCAAGCUGAAAAAAGAAUGAUGGCCACACAUGACGCCAUUUUCUUCUUUUAUAAAUGUUUUUUUGUUUGUUUUGUUCUUUUAUUGGUUAAAGACCAAUAAACCAAGACCAGAAACUGAAUUUGAUACGUUUAUAUUUGAACUAAAAUUGCUAAACUUGAAUUUCAAUAUUGCGAAGGUGAAUAGAUUAGAAUUUGCAUUGAGGAUUAAAUUCAUAAUCUUGAUUGAGAUUCAGUUCCAAAAUGAUGGAUAACAUUUUAAUUUUUUGGACUCUAAGUCGCAGUUUUUUUUUCAUGGUUUGGCCGGGGGUAUGACUUAUUCUCCAGAGCCACUUAUAUGUGAAAUUAUUAACACAUAAUUACAUCCAUCCAUCUAUUUUUUGAGUUGCUUAUCGGUUAUUUUCACACUGACAAGCAUAAGAGCGCGCGCUAGGCCCAUGUAUCUGUACCUGCUAUUUCUGAAAAUUCAGCAUUUCAACAUUAGCUGUAACUUAUAAAAACUGAGAAGGACUGAACAAAAAUGCCAUUGAAGAGAAAAUCAUAUUCUGCAGAUUAUUUUAAAUAACAUUGCUAUGAUAUUGCUAACAAAUGAUGACAAAAGUACUGAUAAUUAAUGCGACUUCUGGUGCUUCAUCAGUCAUUAUUUGAAGCUUCAUCCAGGCGUUGAGACUUCCGUCCGUUUAUUGUGAACGAAUUCAAUUUGAUUUGCCAUCAUGAUGGUGUGAUGAACCGUGGCACGGUGGAUCAGAUGAUAAAGCGUUGGCCUCACAGUUCUGAGGACACGGGUUCGAUCCCGGCCCCGACUGUGUGGAGUUUGCAUGUUCUCCCCUGUGCCUGCGUGGGUUUCCUCCGGGCACUCCGGUUUCCUCCCACAUUCCAAAAACAUGCAAUAUUAAUUGGACACUCUAAAUUGUCCCGAGGUGUGAUUGUGUGUGCAGCUGUUGUCUGUCUCAAUGUGCCCUGCGAUUGGCUGGCAACCAGUUCAGGGUGUACCCCGCCUCCUGCCCGUUGACAGCUGGGAUGGGCUCCAGGACUCCCCAUGACCCUUGUGAGAAUUAACGGCUAAGAAAAUGGAUGGAUGGAUGGAU